UCGAUAAGCAAAAACAAAAUUAGUGAAGCGGAGACACGAAUUAUCUACUGACGGAAGAAGCGACAGGUUGACAAUCAGACGACUCAAAUUGAAAUUAAAAGGUAGGAUGGGACCAAGAGGUGAAAGAGAAAUUCUGGAAGGAGCGAGACGAAGUAGUUCUGAGCAUCCCAGGCAGAGAGAGAGUCGUGAUUGGUGCAGAUUGUGAUGGACAUGUUGGUGUAGGUAAUAGGGGUGAUGAAGAAGUGAUGGGAUGGCCGUGGCAAUGCCCAGAGACUUUCUCUCUGAAGAUCAGAUAAGCUGUUCAAUUUGUCUGGAAGUCUUCCGCAACCCAGUGACAACACCAUGUGGCCACAGUUUCUGUCAAGCCUGUAUUUCCUCCUACUGGGAUAGAAGAGAAACCACCAAGGUCUACCUUUGUCCCCUCUGUAAGGAAUCAUUUCACAAGCGACCAGAACUUCAUGUCAAUCGAGCUCUCAAGGAAAUCACACAACAGUUCAAAAAAAUCACCAACACUGGAGUUGCAGCUGAUGUAGGAGGGAAAGGGGGAAUGGAAGAUACAGCCCUGUCCUCCUUUCAUAGUAAACUGUUUCCCCAAAGCACCAGUCUUGCCCACCCGUCCAUGCAGAUGCAGAGCAAUGACCAUAGCGACCCUCCUCCACCUUACUCACAUCCAAGCAGGAACAGUUGGAACCAUCCCAGUGACUCCUCUCCUUGUUCACCCAUGUGUUCAAUCCACCAACGACUUAAGGAGUUGUUCUGUCGAACUGAUGCAAGCUGUGUGUGCAGCGUUUGUGCAGAGUCAUUCGCGCACAAAGGGCACGACAUCAUUCCAGUCAAGACAGAAUGGGACAUUAAGAAGUCACAAUUGGGUAUUGCCGAGGAGCACCUGAAGGAGCUAAUCUGCAAAAGAGAGAAGAAAUGUCAGGAAAUAAAUAACUCCCUCUUGGGCAUUGAUGUAAGUUUUCAAUCUAAGGCUGCUGCUAAGAGAGAGGUAGAGGGUACUGUUUCUGUGUUUUCGAAGCUCAUCUCGACAAUGGAGUGCUGUCAAGCUCAUGUCUUAGAGGUGAUAGAGAUGAAUCGUAGAACUGCCCACCAUAGGAGUCAGAGCUUGCUGACAGUCCUCGAAGAGGAGAUCGCAGAGUUGAAAAACAGGAGCACAUCACUGGGCCAUCUUGCUCUGACAGAAGACCACAUACUUUUUCUACAGAUGUUCCCUUCCUUGUCUACCCCACCACAGUUGAAAGAUAGCUCAAAUGUCUCACUGUCGUCCGAAAUGACGACAGGGACAAUUCUAGAAUCUGUCAGCCAAAUGGCAGAGCGUUUUCAAGAAGAGAUCCAAAAACUUCCAAUGGAAUGCAACAAAUCCUUAUUGCUCCAAUGUGUAGACAGACCUAAACCAAGGACAAAAAUGGUUCAAGAUUAUGCAGCAAAUAUAACGCUUGACCCAAAUACAGCCCACCCUCAUCUAAUCAUCUCGGUAGAUGGGAAGCAGGUCUUUUGUGGUGGCAGUCAUCAGCCUCUACCUGACAGCCCAAACCGGUUUGACCGGGUGGUGUGUGUGCUGGCUCACCAGGGAUUUCGGUCAGGACGUCAUUACUGGGAGGUAGAAGUGGGUGAAAAGACUGACUGGGACUUGGGAGUAGCGAGCCGAUCUAUUAGACGAAAGGGCAAAAUCACUGUAAAUCCUGCGCAUGGCUUCUGGUUCUUGAGUCUACGAGAUCAAGUUGACUACACUUUUCGAACAGAACCAUCAACCAUCAUUCAAGUUAAAUCCAGACCCUCACGAGUUGGAAUCUUUGUGGAUUGUGACAAGGGAGUUGUGUCUUUCUACAAUGUGGAGGCAAAAGUGCUUAUCUACAGAUUCAGAGAUGAAUUUCAUGACACAGUGCAUCCAUUCUUCAGUCCCUGUACAAAUAAAUCUGGAAAAAAUGAGGCUCCACUAAUUAUUUGCCCUUUUGCAAUGACAAAAUGCAAUUAAGAUUAAACAGAUUAAGAAGAAUUACGCAGAAGAGCAGGUAGUUACAGUGGAGUAAAGAAAUUGUUGGAGUAGGGCCAUGUUUAUGAAUGUUCAUCUCAUGUUAUGUCUAAUAAUAAAAAUAAUAAAUAGUCCUACAGACUAAAACCUGUAUGUACCUUGCACUGAUUCUCAACUAGUGGGUUGGGACCCAACUAUCAGACGGGGAGCCAUUUUGGGUGAAUUGCGGACAGGUAGUAAAAAAUUUAAAGCAUUAUAAUCCAGACUGUUAAAACAAAAAAUGUUUUUGGUCUGCAGGCUUUAUUCCCUAAAGAGGAGAAAAACUACAAUGGAUUCUACCUCACAGUUCUGAGGACCGGGGGUUCAGAUCCCUGUCCCGGCUGUGUGGAGUUUGCAUGUUCUCCCCGUGCCUGCGUGGGUUUUCUCCGGGCACUCCGGUUUCCUCCCACAUCCCAAAAACACGCUUGGUAAGUUAAUUGAAGACUCUAAAUUCCCCAUAGGUGUGUAUGUGAGUGCAAAUGGUUGUUUGUCUAUAUUUGCCCUGUGAUUAUAUACUAUAGGCUCCAGCAUGCCCGCAACCCUAGUGAGGAAAAGCGGUACAGAAAAUGGAUGGAUGGGGAAAACUAUUGAUGUUGCCCUUUCCAAAAAUGAAGAGAUUAUUAACAAGAUAAACAUUUUCGUACAUGCAGCUAUGUAUGUUCAUCAUCAGUUUCUUAAUAAGGUGCUCUGGAAGCACGAAACAUCAGCAUGAGUAGUUAUCUUUAAAAAUGUUUUCAAAAGCUAUUUUUGAACGUGUUCUUUCUUGUUCCUAACUUCGGUAAAAGUGGGUCCGAUUGAGCGACAAUAGAAAAUGUGGGUCCCAGGGUGACAACAGUUGAGAAGCUUAAAGCACUGAUAAUUGUGCUUUUCUUGACAAUGUGAAAGCUGACAGCUAUGUUGGAAUUGAUUCUUGAAAUAUCUCACUUUUAACUAUGUGAGUUUAUGUGAUUUUCAAAUAAUUGGGUUUUAAUCAACAUUUCUUAAUUUGGGACUUGGGAAUGUGUUUCCUUUUUUCUUACGCUUUCUUUAAUGUUCAAUGUGUGCUGAGUACAUUGAGUUGGCAUUUGUAUGAAAUAUGCUAUUCCGAUUAAAACUCCUGAGUGGA